AAAUGUGCGAGUUGGCAACUGCGUGCCGUAUCAGGUGGUCGUGUUGUGACACUCAGCUGUUUCAGUCAGUAGUCAGCUGAUCGCUCCGUGGUACUUGUGCGCGAACUCACAGCCUUCCAUACGGCUCAGUAUACCUCAAUGCAUGAAUAUACAGUAUGUUAAGUGUUGAUACUUAAACACUAAAUAAAGACAGAAUAAUUGAGGCACUUUCCUCUGCAACUUAUAAAAGUUCCUCGACAGUGAAGGUUGCAAUCUAGAUCCCUUCAAGAAGGUAGUGGUGGGGCCGAGACUCAACCGAGCGGCAAGACAGACAGUGUAGGAGGUGCCUGGCGCAGUGGUGGCCAAGUCUGGUGUUCUCGUGGUGAGAGUGUUUGAUGACCCACCCAGACAUCCUCUGCCACCUCCACUACUGCCACAGCUGUUACUGCUACUGUCAGGGGGCUUACUGACGGUUCGGGCAACACUUAUACCUCCGUGGAAGACUUCUUCACCAUAACCGCCACUAUCAUCCAGCUGCUGGGAGACAAGCAACAGGCUAUAAGCUCUUUCGGCCGUCCCUCCUUACCACCACCAUCCUGACAACAAGAACUCACCAUGGGGGUGCACAGAACAGCAGAAGAACCUGGCGGAGACUUAGGGACGCUGGAGGAGGAGGAAGAAGACGACGAGUAUGGUCUUGAUGACGUGCUCCGCCGUCGCCUUCAGCCCUACCCGCAUCGUCACCAUUUCGCCACCAGCAGCACCAAUAGUGAUGUCCUAAAUAACAACCAACUUGAUAGCGGCAAAGUUAACUUGACGGGGAAGGGCCGUGUGGACAUGGCGCAUUUCGAACUGCUCAAAGUUUUAGGCACGGGAGCAUAUGGAAAAGUGUUUCUUGUGAGAAAAAUAUCAGGGAAAGAUGCAGGAAAACUGUAUGCCAUGAAGGUCUUGAAGAAGGCAACCAUCAUCCAGAAGAAAAAGACGACAGAACACACAAAGACAGAGCGUCAAGUCUUGGAGGCUGUGCGACAAAGUCCUUUCCUAGUUACUCUUCACUAUGCCUUCCAAACUGAUGCCAAGCUUCAUCUAAUUUUAGAUUAUGUUAGUGGAGGAGAACUAUUUACACACCUGUAUCAGCGUGAAAGAUUUCGUGAGGAUGAAGUGCGUCUCUAUAUUGGAGAAAUCAUCCUUGCCCUUGAGCAUUUGCACAAACUGGGCAUAAUAUAUCGUGAUAUCAAACUUGAGAACAUUCUCCUAGACUCUGAUGGCCAUGUAGUGCUAACAGAUUUUGGCCUAAGCAAGGAUUUUCUGUCACAUGACACAGAACAUCGUGCUUACUCUUUUUGUGGUACUAUUGAAUAUAUGGCACCAGAGGUAGUUCGUGGAGGAUCUCAUGGGCAUGACCAGGCAGUAGACUGGUGGAGUGUUGGUGUGCUGACUUACGAACUUUUAACGGGAGCGUCACCAUUCACUGUUGAGGGAGAGAAAAAUAACCAACAGGAGAUCUCAAGGCGAAUCCUGAAAACACAACCUCCUCUACCGAGUGAACUGUCCCCAGAAGUUUGUGAUUUCAUUUCCCGUUUACUUGUGAAAGAUCCCCGUCAACGACUAGGAGGAGGCCCUCUUGAUGCUAAUGAAAUUAAAGAGCAUGCAUUCUUUAAUAGUUUAAACUGGGAUGAUCUCGCUCAAAAGAAAGUACCUGCCCCAUUUGUACCCCGAAUAAGUGAUGAGUUGGAUGUUAGUAACUUCUCUGAAGAAUUCACAGCAAUGGUUCCCCAGGAUUCUCCAGCUAUUGUUCCUCCAGAUAUUGACAAAAUAUUUAAUGGAUACUCCUACGUGGCACCAUCGAUUCUCUUCACAGAAAAUGUUAUCAGUGAUUCUCUGUUCAAGAUGUCACCAGACAGAAGACCCUCCACAACUAACCUCAUGGCUUGCAGUUUUAAGGAUUCCUCAUUUUUUCAACACUAUGAACUGGACCUGAGAGAAAGUAUACUAGGAGAGGGCAGUUUUAGUGUGUGUCGUGAAUGUAUCCAAAAGUCUACUGGGCGACAUUUUGCUGUCAAAAUUGUUUCCCGGAGACUGGAUUGUCAACAAGAGAUAAAUCUUCUCCGUGCAUGCCAAGGACAUUCCAACAUUGUUACCUUCCAUGAAGUUUUCUAUGAUGAGGCGCACACAUACAUAGUCAUGGAGCUACUAGAAGGAGGAGAAUUACUUCAGCGUAUUAGAAAACAUGAACGAUUUACAGAGGCACAAGCAUCCGUGAUUAUGAGAAGCUUAGUAUCUGCAGUUCACUAUAUGCACAGAAGAGGCAUUGUACACAGAGACCUGAAGCCUGAAAAUCUCCUGUUCAGAAAUGCCUCAGAAGACUCGGAGAUUAAAAUUGUAGACUUUGGGUUUGCUCGCAUGAUGCCUGAUAAAGAUAAAGAUGGAAGCAUGAAGACCCCAUGCUUCACGCUUCACUAUGCAGCUCCUGAGGUGUUGCGUCAAGCAGUUCAGCAGGGAGCAGCUGGUUAUGAUGAAACCUGUGACUGGUGGAGUUUAGGCGUUAUUUUAUAUACAAUGUUGUCAGGUAGAGCACCUUUCCAAUCUAGAAGUAAAGACGACACCUCAGCGUCCAUCAUUGCAAGGAUUAAGGGUGGAAGUUUUGACAUGUCUGGGCCAGAGUGGCUCACUGUUUCAUCACAAGCCAAGAAAAUAAUCAAAGGACUUUUAACAGUAGAUGCCUCUAGACGUUUGACUAUCGGUGAGCUGCUCCAAGAUGAGUGGCUACAAGGUGGACCACCCUCUGUGUUCUCAGCCACUCCUCUCAUGACCCCCACCAUCCUCAGUGCCCGACCUACACUGAAUGGCCCUGUAUCGGCUGAAGCAGGGGUUAAACAAGCUUUUCAUGCAUUCCAUAUGGCUACUAGAGAAGGAUUCCGAUUACUGGACGUUAGUAAUGCGCGUCUGGCUCAACGUCGGAAAAACAAAAAGUCCUCUACGGAUGCCCGUAGCCAUUCUUCUACCUCAUCCCUCUCCUCUACCUCAUCAGCGUCUUCCCUCACCUCUGUUAGAACACCUAGUAAAUCAGAUCGCUGCAGUUCUUCACUAGGUGCAACCCCAAAGAAGGAAGAAAGUAUAUUUGACUUUGGAGAAGCAAGAGUCAAGGCAUACCUCUCAAGUAUAGAGUCCCCCUCAGAAACGUCUUUUCCGGCCACACCAAGUAUGGUCCUUACGUUACCAAGUCCGCGGUCCAAAGCCAGUUCAAAAGGCAGUUCUAUGGGUUCGUUUGAGUUUUCCAGAGGAGAGAGAUAUACUGGGCAGUCUUCUAAAUCGGACACUUCAGUUGGCUUAUCUCCAGAUAUUAGCUCGCCCAACAGUUCCACGGUGUCUUGUAGAAAACAGGAACAGUGCCUUGCAUUUCAAAAACAGUGUGAUGUUAGUGAGAUGCAGACAGAUGUCUCAGAUACAAAAAUUCCUGAGAGUCUAUUAAAGUCUUCUCUUUGUACAUUAGGUGAUGAAUUUUCAGGACCACAAACUAGAUCAAGGAAAAGAAAAUUAGAAAAAAUUUGUGAUGCCGAUGUGACUGUAGUUAAACAUAUGUUCAAAGGUAGAAACACUCGUAGUAAGAGAUUUGAUACUAUAGUAAUAGAUGAUUAAUGAGAGAGAAUUUUAAGGCAUUACAAGACACUUUCCAGAUUUUGACUAAGAGUAUUUUAUCUCCUUUAGCUUAAAGCUCAGAGAUUGCUUUAUUAUAUACCUAAAUGUAUAUUAUAUAUCCGAUCUGAUAUGUACAUACAGAUUACAUUAUUAUUAUUAUUAUUAUAAUUAUUAUAAUUAUUAUUAUUAUUAUAACAGUUUAUGCUCUGAAGUAUAUGUUAUGUAGGAUUUAAAAUGUGCAAUCAGAGAAAAUAUAAAUAAAAAUGCACUUCAUAA